UCUCUCACUGUUGUUGUGUAUCUGCGCGAGAUCUCAACAACAAAAAAAAAAAAAAAAAUGGCUUCUAGAUUAUUGUGGGCGUCUAGGGUUGCUUCUCAUCUAAGGAUCUCCGUUGCUCAACGAGGGUUUGCCUCGGCUGUUUUGAAGGAUCUGAAAUAUGCUGAUUCACAUGAAUGGGUGAAGAUUGAGGGGAAUAAAGCAACAUUUGGUAUAACGGAUCACGCUCAGGACCAUUUAGGAGAUGUGGUCUAUGUGGAGUUACCUGAGGUGGGACAUUCUGUGUCACAAGGGAAGAGUUUUGGAGCGGUCGAAAGUGUGAAAGCUACCAGCGAUAUUAAUUCUCCAGUCUCGGGUACGGUAUUUGAAGUCAAUGAGAAGCUGACUGAGUCCCCUGGAUUGGUGAACUCGAGCCCAUAUGAACAAGGAUGGAUCGUAAAGGUGGAGCUGAGUGAUGCAGGCGAGGCAGAGAAGCUGAUGGAUUCAGACAAGUACUCUAAGUUCUGCGAAGAGGAAGAUGCCAAACACUAAGCUUUUUAUCUAUUCCAGAUCUUCUCGAAGCUUCAACUGCAACACAGAUUGUUGUAUCUCGAUCUUUAUUGAUGGAUGAUCUAAGAGAAUUCUGAAGAUUCCAGUCUCUCGUUCUCGUUUUUUAUGUUUUGCUUUUUAGUUAAAUUAUUUGAACAAUGGUAGAGAAUAAUAAACUUUGGCAUUUACAUUGAUUUGAUCUUCCAUGGAGUUAUGCCUCUUUUUACUUAA